AUGAAAAGCUUGGUUUUUACCCCAGUCCGGCGGUGCUCCCCGAGCCUCCAGCGCCGGCUCACGGCCUCGGGCCCCGCUCUGAGGAGAGGGCGGUGCCUCCGGGGGAGCCGCCUCCUCCCUCGCCGCCGAGGCCGUGGCCGAGGCUGGGAGGCUGUCGGCGAGUGGCGGGACGGCCUGGGCCGGGCGGCCGCCAUGUUCGGAGGCGGGCUGAGGGGAGCCCUGCGGGCGGCGAGCGGCGGCUGGCGGCGGGCGGCGGCACCCGGUCCCGGGGCCGCGGGCGCCGUCAGCCGCAGCCUCAGCGCCGGUGAGGCGCCGAGCCUUUCCUACCAAGAGCUCAAAGACUUGAAGAAGACUAACGUCCUCCACAUAGACGUGCGGGAGAGGUGGGAGGUCGACAGAUCUGGAAGAAUCCCAGCGUCUAUCAACAUACCGCUGGGUGAAUUAGUGGAAGCUCUACAGAUGAACCCAAUGGAAUUCAAGGAGCAGUACAAUCAAAAGAUGCCAUCCAAGUCGGACCCUGUGGUUUUCUCCUGUUUGGCAGGAACAAGAAGUAAACAAGCACUCGGUUUUGCCAGGUCCCUGGGUUUCUGCAGAGUUCAGCAAUAUGCUGGUGGCUUUGAGGACUGGGUAAAACAUGAACCUCCAGAGAAAAAAUGAAGAUGAUUACCCCAACCCUUGCCCUAGCAAGGCUUCAGGAUGAUUUUUAGGUUUUAUCAUUCAAACUGUGUGCUUUCCACUUGGAGAACACAGGCCACUCCUGUUUUCUCAGGUAAACAGACAUUCAAACAGCCAUGCAGAUCAACUGUUUGUUUUAAAGUAUUCUCAAAGUCUAUGGCAUGGACAGAGGACAUUACAUUUGUUCAACCUUAACUUUGGGCUAUGUUUUUGGUGAAAGUAUGUGAAGAGAACCUAAGCACUUAUUAAGUUCACUGAGGUUUUUGUAUGAUGUAGUUUAUGUUUAAAAUGAUGAUGACAGGACAAAUAAAACUAUCCCAAAUAA